CCUUAGUCGCUCUGCUCCGACUCGUCCACCACCGACCGACACACCCCGACUUUCUCCACGUUCAGUGCUGGCUCUCAGGCAGGAUCCUCGUCAAUAAAAAUCACAAACUCUUCAGUCUACUCCAGCUCCUGCCACCGCAAUAGUUGGCCUAUGGACAAAAAUCACACGACACAACACCCACUUCACCAGCCAGCCCACCGACGACGACAACCUACCACCGACGACUCAAACAUUCUUGUGUACCACCACUACCACAUACUUUUUCGGACCACACUCUCCUUCGGAAAAAGUAAAGUAAAAAAAACUCUGAACAAACCAACUCUGUGAAUUGUGCUCAGUUAAAAGUUAGAAGAAAAACUAGCGGAAAUUCAUAAAGUAAUAAAAAAAUCAACAAUUGCUAGUUUAUACUCGUGAUAUAAUCUCAUUGUUGUCGGUAUUUACCAAAAAAGAUUUUUACUCACAUUGGUGGUGAAAGUUUGCUAAUAAAUUGUUCCUAUUAACGGUGGCGGUUUUCUGGCGGAAUAGAAUUAUACAGAGAGACGUGUCAUCAAAAGCUGGUGAAAGUUUGAUGAAUUUACACAAAGAGAAAGCCCUCAUUUUCGUAAUCAGUUGUGGGAACUCCGUGCGUAGGGGUGACAGCGGGGAGAAGGGAACGAUUUCCUGGCAGAGAAUUCCCCCAGUGGGAGGAUCAACAAUGGAGACUUAGUACUUUCAAAUUGUGGAUCUUAUUACCACGACCUUUCCGGAAAAAUGGAGUUGUGACGUUUGUAAACAUUAGAAUUACUCAAAUUACCUAGACAAUUAAGAGUAUGACUUGUUAAAAGUGGGUGAAAGCAGUGAUACACAAGUACCUUAUUGAUACCUGGCCACACAAACCUCUCCUCUCAACCCGAUCAAGUCACCAACCAAUUUCCCCAAUUGACCCUCACCUUACCUCAUCUAAGAAAAAAACAAGUGCUCAUCUGAAAUCAACAUGGGAUCAGCUGGUGUCAAAGAGAAAAGGAAACGGGAUGAGUGCGAAACUUUCUACAUAAAUUCUUCAACUUCUUCUUCUAUCUUUCUCGGCAACAAUAAUACUUUCUCCUUCCAAAAAGAUGACGAUUUAGAGUACACUUGUAAUGAAAAUGGACAAGUAGAUUUGGACCUGGUCAAUACCAAAAAGUGUGACGAGUGCUGUAGUGUUGUUUGUGGAGAAGAACUAUGUGGAUGUUAUACAGCGGUUGGGCAGGAAGCCAUGGAAGUAGUAGUAGUGCCACACCCACCACCAACGUUCCAACCCCAAGUAAACGAACUAGUUCCCUUCUCUCUGGUCAAGGUAGUAGCACAGCCAUCGGUGGUGGAACCAAUAAAGCCGAGGAUGCUGAUGACGAGUGUGGCGAUGAAAGCAAUGGAUUUCUCUUAUGACAACAACUCCAACAAAAUUCAGAAAUCGGGGCGGAGUGCGACCUCCUCCAAAUGAACAACAACGUCGCCCCGACCCCCGGUUCACAACAGGGGACCAACGGGGUGCACAACCACCAAAGUCAUCACCCUGCAUACGCUACAAUCCUUCGCACAAACUCGCAACACUCCGCAAUAGGUGGUCAGGGCGGUGGAGGUGGUGCCGGUCACCACACCCUCGGCGUCGUCGGCGGCGGUGGUGGUGGUAGCGGCGGACCCUCUGCUCACUAUUUUAGGCCCAUUGCUCAUCCCCAUGGCAUUUAUACUGGGAGACCCCACGAUGACUUUGAUAUCACCUCAGACUCUGAUGCCAUCUCCUCACCCACCUCGUCCAUCAUCGGCCCCCCUCCCAUCCCCCCAGGGAUGGUGGGAGGUGGAGGAAGACCACCUUCACCGCCCCAUCACCUCCUCUCCUACCCAAAUGGGGGCCCUCAACCACCCUCAGGGGCUCCUAACCCUCCCGGUUUCCACACCAUUUACAGCCCCACCGCCCAAUCGGGAAGUGGUCCACUCCGAUUUGAUGAAUCCUCGUUCCUUGGGACCUCAGACGCCUGUUCAUCACCUGAGACCGGAAGUCUUCCGCGAUCGGCCAAGCUGACCAAACGCAAAAGACCUCCACGACCGCCUCCAAGAAGACUUAAGAGUGAAGACUAUACACUGCAAGAAGAGGAGAGAAGGGAUCACCACAUCGAGGAUGAUGAUGAUCCCCACCUCCGUCAUCUUAUAGCCAGUGGACGGUGUAUAGAAUACGGAUCAUGGCCUCCAGACUCUGGAGACUCUCCAUCUCCCGUCCCAGGUUAUGGUUAUCAACAACAACUGGCCAUGAUGACAAUGAACCGUUUGGACGAGAUGCAAGUACAAGAAGAAAAAUUGGACACUGCAAUGGCUCUCUCAGAAAUCCGAACACAACUACAAGAACUCACAAAAUCCGUCGAAUCUUGUCAGACUGAGGUGACUGGGAUGAAGGGGGAUAUGCAGUCCAUGCGACACGAGAUGACCCUUGUGCACCACGUAAAAGACGAGAUGGAGGAUUUGAGAGAUGUUGUAGAUCGGAUGGAAGAUCAGUGUCGCCAAAGAAAAAAUCAUUUGCUACAACAGGGUCUAACAUUCUUUCUGUGCUUCUCCAUAUUCGCCGCGGUGCUUGGGAUGUUGCAAUUUGGCUACAACACCGGAGUUAUCAACGCCCCAAAAAAGGAAAUUGAAAACUUUAUGAAAACGGCAUGGGAGGAGCGGAAUGGGGAGGCAAUGACUGAGAACAAAUUGGAAAACCUCUACUCUGUUUUUGUCUCCAUAUUUGCGAUCGGGGGGAUGUUGGGGGGAUUUUCCGGGGGGAUAUUUGCCAAUAGAUUUGGAAGGAAAGGAGGGUUAUUGCUCAACAAUUUAUUAGGAAUCGGUGGUGGAAUUUUGCUAGGCGUGACCAAAUCUACUAAUUUCUAUGAAUUGCUUAUUCUUGGCCGAUUUAUAAUUGGCGUUAACUGCGGCCUGAGUACAAGCCUGGUUCCCAUGUAUGUAAGUGAGAUAGCACCGCUCAACUUGCGUGGAGCGCUUGGGACUGUGAACCAAUUAGCUGUGACUGUAGGCCUACUAGUCUCCCAAGUUCUUGGGAUAGAACAACUCCUUGGUACUGAGGAACACUGGCCUCUUCUUUUGGGUCUGGCAGUUGUUCCACCAGGAUUGCAACUCCUCCUCCUACCAAUGUGCCCUGAGAGUCCGAGGUACCUUCUGCUCACCCUGUCUCGCGAAGACGAAGCUCGGAGUGCUUUGAAGCGCUUUCGAGCAACCACCAACGUGGAGGAAGACGUGGAAGAAAUGCGAGCAGAACAACGAGCCCAUUCGCAGGAAGAAAGAAUCUCAAUGUUGCAGCUUCUCCGCUCCAGGUCGCUGAGGAUGCCCCUGCUUAUCGCCGUGGUCAUGCAACUCUCUCAACAGCUCUCAGGAAUUAAUGCUGUUUUCUACUUUUCCUCAACCUUAUUCCAAUGGGCAGGCCUCGACCUUACAAGCGCAAAAUUUGCCACGAUCGGAAUUGGUGCCAUAAUGGUGGGAAUGACUUUGGUGUCAAUUAUGCUUAUGGAUCGAGCAGGACGAAGAACGCUUCAUUUGUACGGCCUGGGUGGAAUGUUCAUCUUUUCCAUCUUUAUCACAAUCUCCCUACUUAUCAAGCAAUUUUUCGCCAUGUUCCAAGACGUGUUGGACUGGGUGAGCUAUCUGGCCGUGAUAUUCACGCUCGCAUUCGUCGUCUUCUUUGCUGUGGGGCCGGGCUCCAUUCCCUGGAUGAUCACGGCCGAACUCUUCUCUCAAGGACCUCGCCCUGCAGCCAUGUCAAUUGCGGUCCUCAUGAACUGGUUCUGCAAUUGGUUGGUCGGAACGUUCUUCCUCAGAGUGAAGAUGUUGCUGGGCAAUUACGUGUUCCUUCCAUUUAGCGUACUCCUCGCAUUCUUCUGGGUUUUCACCUACAACAAGGUGCCAGAAACUAAGAACCGAACUUUUGAAGAGAUAGCAAACUUUUUCAAAAGGAAUGCCAACAGGGCUCCUACUGAAGAGGAUCGUAUUUAUGGAAUGCUAAAUUGCGUCAACACCACGGGUCAUCCUGGAGGAGGAGGGCCUGAAAGUUCAGCUUUAAUCGAGGAAAAGCUACAACCCCCUGCGGAAUCAUCAUCUGGCCGUUCUUCCCGAGGUGAUUUAAGGGAAAGGGUCGGAUCCAGCGACCAAAAUGGGGGUGGCGGACCAGGAAUGAGUGAGACAACCAUGAGCCCCCCUCCCUCAGGCGGGGGUCCGCCACCCCCAGUCCCCUUCGCCAUCCCGCCUUACCCACCCGCCCGGUUUCUUGACGACAACGCCGUCUGACAUCCGACCUUUGACUUAGCGUCAAUUCCACCCCCCUCCCCACCCCCGAACCAUAUCGAGGUUCCCGUGUCUGUGUACAACUACAACAAUGACUCGGCCUCCUCGUCCCUCCACCAUCUGCACCACACCCCAUCGCUCAAAUCAUCCCGCCCCACGCCCACCACGACGCCAAGUCAUACCCUCAGUCGGAGACACUCCUCACAUGCUGCUGCUGCUGCUGCCCUGCGCCAAAGUCAGACCAGUUUGACGAGUGGGGGGCUGCAACACCACCACCACCCCCACGCCCACCAGCAACAACAGCAACAUGUGCUCAACAACGCCACGGCGUCCACCAUCCACUCCACGCCGAGUCAAAGUCAACCCUCACUUUUGUAGCACGCUCUUCCAUUUUAGUGUCUAGACAUCGUCGUCCUAAAAAACGAUUGUUCUUCUUGUUAUUAUUAUUAAAUGAUAAACUCAUCAUCGUCGUCGUCUUCAUUCGUUAGUAAUAAAGUUAAAACAGUUGAAAAAAUUAGAAUACAUUUACACAUUCCAAUUCUACAAGAAAAUUGUACGUAACAAGUCUGCUGCUGGUCGAUAUGAAGACGAAAGAACAAAAAACAUUCAUUUUUACAGCACAUGUCACUGCCAUAACUAAUCACAAGUGAAUGAAUUUGGAUACUUCUACGUGUGUAUAUAUUCCUGGAGGAGAAACAUUUUACAAUUUUUGAUGAAGAUUUACCACAAAUAUUUAGUGAGAGAAAGAAAGAAAGCAGUGGUUUAAGGAGAUGGGAGUUUAAAUACCAGUUCUUCUUAUACUCGAUCCUCCUCCUCAAGUGUCUAGUGAUAUCUGUAUAAAAACACAACCAGUGAUUUUCUCAAGGUGGAAACAAUUCGAUAUAUAAACCAAUUAACGGAUCUUCUCAACUAAAAAAAGUAACUGCUCAUUGAAAUCUAGAUAACUAAAAAAAACUGGAUAUUCUUCAAUGACAGCUCAUCUCAAUCAACAAUGAAUUUUAUGAACCAACAAAAAAGCAAGCAAAAUUAAUAAAACAAUUCCGCUACAGCCAAUUAAGCCAAUAACAAAGCAAGCUUAUGUAUCUCUACUAUCUAUAAAUAAAUUAUUUACUAUCACACACACACACACGACACAGGGAGAGAAUUACAAUAGUCACAUUCUCACUCAAAAAAUUCAAUUUGCCUAAAUUUAACAGACUUCUUUAAUAACAAAUUAAAUCUUAAUACUCAAUAAAACAAAACAAAAGCGUGAUUAUUUCGUAUUUGUACCAUUGGAUAAAAAACCGUAUUCAUAUUGAUGUAGAUAAGUACGUAGAUAUUUGCAUAUUUACAUGGGUAUCUGCAAAUCGUAAUGUAGACCGAGUUAGCCAUUAGGAGAAAAGGCCAGUGAAAAGAAAAUGUAUGACUUAAAAAAAUGAAAAAUUGUCACACGCUGCAAAUUUGUAUUUAAACGACAGGUAAUUUAUGUAAUCGAUGGCAGAGUGUGUACCUUGAUUAUUUAUUGUAACCUUAAAUUUGACUUGUAUUAUACAUCGUGUUAAAGAAAUUGCGGAGAAAGGACACUAUAUGGUAUGAAAAAAUGUCUCACUUUAGCUGGUCGGUCGGUAGGUUAAUUAGUUAACACCUGUGUGUAUGUCCCUAACAAAUGUAUUUGGUAGAUAGGGAGAACAAGAUGAUAACGAUAUAACAAUGGUGUAAGAGAGGACAUUCAUGAAGAUGAUGACUCAAUUGAUGUCAAGGUGCUCAAAAUACAUAGACAUAGAACAAAUAGAUAUAUGCAUUUUUUAGAAAUACAUACAUGAAUGAAUCCAGUGAAAAUGCAAGUCAGGUUAUGGAUGCGUUGUUUAAUUUCCAUUAUUUUAGUAAAUGUUUAGUAAAUCUUGUAAUUGAAUUUUUAAAUUAAUUUAAAUUUGUCAUUUCGUAUAUUUUAUAUUUGUUAUAGCUUCCAAAAUUACUUACAUAUUUAAGUUUGUAUGCCUUCCAUUUCCAAUGAUUUACACGCAUACGAGUAUUAUGUAUUAUGCAAAUUAUGAUUUUUCUAAUUUAUAUUUAAUAGUUGAGGUUGAUUAUAAUUUUCAGUAUUUUGUUAAUAAAAAUAAUGAAAGAUUUUAAAGUUCAAAAGGAUAAAUGCUAAUAAAUAAGUCACACCCACUGAAAUGUUUUUAUACGAAUAAGCUAUAAAACUCACCACAUAACAAUGUAUGUAAAUUGUUUCAUAACAUUAGUAUAAGAAACUUCGGUGCACUUUAAGAAAACCAUGAACUCUAUAAGACUAUUAUCCCGAUAAAAUAAUCAACUUUGGUAUUAAAAUAUUAUGUAAACUUCAACUUGAAAUUACACAUCAUGCAAUAAACCAUGUUGAUUAAAGA